AUGUAUCGAACGGCAUUUCGCGCGGGAAGCCGUGUUUACGCCGGCAAGUUCUGGAAGAGAAUCAAUUUGCCAUCGCAAUCAAGAUCCUUGGCCGCUUGUUUGACGUCGCAGCGUUACUCAUCGUCUCAGAAAUUUACCUUAGAUCAGAUCGCUCCUCCGAAAGAUGCAUUUACACGUCGACACAUAGGACCCGACGUCGUUGAAGAAGAGGAAAUGUUACGAACCCUCGACUUACAGGUAAAUUAGACUACGCUGUAUGUUUCCUCACCGCGACGCGAUGUAACCUGCUAAUAUUGCAUUUGUUUUGCUUUCAGGAUGUAGAUGAGUUAAUCAACAGGACAUUACCGUCUUCAAUAAAGUUUUCCCAAGAUCUUAAGCUUGAUGAAGCACUUAGUAAGUUUUGAUUAAACAUUUACAACCACAUGUUGCUUACAUGUCGCUUUCGUUUGCUGCGUUGGUGAUGCCCACAUACUUAGCUAACUGUUUAUAUGCCUGAAGAGACGAAUAUUUAUAACAACGUUAUAAGCCAGUCAUGCGAAAACAUAUCGUUGAUGAAAAUCUCAUUUCUGCGUUAAAAAUUGCGAUUCAAAAGCUGAACGAUUAAGAAGGACGUCAAGUAUUUUUUCGUCCGGCGCGUGGCGCGUGGCGCGUGGCGCGUUUGUGCCGGGAAAUUACGCAAAUAACGCCAGCAAUGUCUAGACCGCAGUUGUCAAGAAUCGUGAAGAAAUAAACUUCUCACAGUCGAUUUUUACCUCUAUUUUCUCAACUAGACAAUUUCAAGUCUAGAAGAUACCGAAGUUUAUGUUAUUAAGUGUAGAUGUUGAUAAGAUUUUCACGAGCUGAGUGUUAGCAAUGCGAAAGUUAGCUAGCAUCACGUGAUUAUUUGUGAAAGAAAUUGUCACGCAGCGUUUAAGCGAUGUUAAAAAAAAUUCCCUCGAGUAGUUUUUGCCACUUUUGCUUCUUCCUUCUACAGUGUAUCAUCGGUUGAUUUUAUACAUAUUUUAACAUGAAAAUUCUAAAGAUGAUAAAAAAUUAAAACCUUGUUGAACUUGCCAGUAGGGGUCCUAUUCCAAUGUAAUGGAUUUUGAAGUCCAAUUGCAGAAAUGGUAAUUGCACUCCAAUCUGGCUUAACCCCUUUAAAUAUAGACGCCUUGUUACUUUAAAUAAGGACCCCUUGCAGGGCUGUCAACUCUCCCGGAUAAUCCGGGAGACUCCAGAUUUUGAACCAUUUCUCCCGGUCUCCAUAUUAGAGUCUGAAAUCUCCCGGAUAAGUGCCAAAGUUUGCCAUUUCUUGUAGAUUCGACUUUCUGACAAUGAAAUUUCGAAUGCUUUGCAUUGUUUGAGCUAUUUUACUGUUCACAUCGAAUGUUUCUUCACAAACUCCGGUAUGCCAUUGUAAUAGAAGCAAUAAUGUGAUUGGUGGGUCAAAUGUUACAAUUCCAACAACAUCAUCUUUUUCGCGCCUUUUUUUUUUACAAAUGACAUCAUGUGCCAUGUGCAUUAUGAUGUCUUUUAUCAUCCCUUCCCCAUCAGUUCUCAAUAAUUAUUUGAAGAUGUGGGGGGUUGACAGCUGUGACCUUGUUGUUACAGGCUGGGUCCCUGGGAAAAAGCCCUUACAUUUUUCUCUAAAUUCAACCUUCUUGAAAUGGGAUAUCCCAUUUUUUUAUUUGAGAGGGGAGGGGGGAUGUCAAUUGUUCUGUUAACAUUAUCAAAUGUUUAUUAUUUUUUUAAUCAAUUUCAAACCAGGUGAACCAGAUCUUUUGGAAAGGUUGCGGCAGAUAUCAAAGCACAAUCAAGUCUGGAGGUCUUAUAUUGGCAUGGGAUACUACAACUGCCAUGUACCCACAACCAUCUUAAGAAACAUACUGGAAAAUCCUGGAUGGUAUGUGUCUUUAACCCUUGAAGCCCUAAUAUCGACUUACAAAUUCUCCAGAGCAUAGGCGGCAGAAGCCCCCCCCCCCCCACCCACUUUUGUAGAAUAAUAGAUAACUUUUUCUUUUAUUUUACCACGGUCAUCUCAUUAGGACUUAAAAACACUACUUUACAAAACUUUACGUUUCUGAUGAAUCAGUUGGGAUUCCUGCAUUUAAUUUUGCUGUAUGUGUGACCGACCUCCAUUAAAAAAAAAAACACUAGUCUCUCACAUCGGAGCAAAAUUUUUCCGCUCUGAGACGCCUCAAAACAUACCUUAGGAACACGAUGAUGUAAGAUCGGUUGAACUGCUCACAAGACACCGGCUGACGCAAUUGACCCUGUUGCGAUCGCCAAGACGUUUGCAAGCACAAACGAACAAAGGAAGUUGCAUUUUGGAAAGUUCAAGUAAAUGUCGACUUGUCUGUUUAAAACCAGAAACAACCAUGACAAUGUACGUAGCCGGUUGGAUUGGGAAAUUUCAUUUUUUUAUCAGUACUCCCUCCCCCCCACCACCCCCUUAUAGAAGAUCAUCCUAUGUAGUUUUUGUUAUCAGCACCAUUGAAGAUUGCAUCCAAAAGGUCGAAAAUGGAUAAUUUGUUUAAAGAUCAAAGCAUUAUGCCCUUGGUGAUCAUUUUACGGAGAAACCUGUAUUAGAUGGACAGCCAAGAGACCUUUGCUGAUGUCUGCUUGUUAGAGGUGCCCACUUAAGGGGACAGUGUCCCGAUUAUGCGCACGCGCGAGCGUCAUCUGUUUUUUCUUCAAAAGACAAUAGAACUGUCAUAUUGACUCGACAAGAUUUCCUUCCGGACCGCACCGCCGACAGAGAUUUGUUGUUUAUAUUCUCAAGUAAUAUUUUAGACUUUCAAAGAAGUCUUUCGUCUUAUAUAAAAAUUUGGCCCGCGGUUCGAAGACUUAUCGCGAUUUUAUCGCUAGCUGGGCCGCCUCGCGACCCGAAAAUCUCGUUCCGCUCGCUUUAAAAACGUAUUUUCUAAUUUGAAACUCGUGUCAGAGGUCAGUUGUUCCAAGUCUAGUAAUAUCUGCCUGAUUUGCUCGCGUUCUAGCCUCAAACGUUUGAAAGACAUAAAUAAAAAUGCAAUCUCAACGCUAUGAAUCAUUAGAAAGGUUAGUCAAAAAUUAUAUUAUGAUUUCAUGGCACUAGUUUUUCUAAACAUGUAGCGCCUGUUUGUUUGAUUUUGUCGGCCGUUAGGGAGAUUCAUUUAAAAAAGUUUACUAACGCGUCGUUGCAAAAUAUCCUGCUUCACGAUGCUCCCCUCCACAAGAUCUCCUCAGUCACAUCAAUGUCUCAAUGGUUUCUUUCUUACAGUCUUUAUUGUUGCCUUUUCAUUUCUGCAUAUUCCUUUCACAAUUAUCUGAGCUUGUAUGGAAGCUAGCAGAAGAAAUAAGCCUUCAAUCGGCAUCAAAGUGCUUCCAAUCUUUUGGUCCUCCGGCCAACGGCAAUAAAAGUAACGCCAAAAAAUCCAGAUUUUGCCCAAAUCGAAACUUAACAGGAAAAAUAUGUCAUUGAGCUGUAAUCUUGAGAAGUUUUAGUGUCGUAUUGAACCCGGUCAAGCGCGAUGCAAACGGAUUUUUCAAGGUUCUCUUACUCUCCUCGCAUCUUUUGAUUUCGCGACAUCCUGUCCAAAAAUCAAAGUUUGGUGCAUGCGCAGUAACAGGAUACUGUUCCUUUAACACAGGUUUCACUCUCUGAAUUCUCAUGACCUUUUGCCUUGAUUACAGUUUGUAGUGAUAUUGUGAAGAGAAAAUUUUUAAGGAGAAGUCAAUACACAACUGUUUUUUUGAGAAGUACAUACAGCAUCACAAAGAUUAGACCAUUGUAUCAGGUGGCCGCUAAGAAGAGGUUAAAAAUAGUGGAAAAUUUGAAACCUGUCAUCCAAAAAAGUGGUUGCAUCUCCAGCGUACAAAGAAAGUAGUGUCCGAUAGCCUGGGGCUAGUGGAUUUUGCUAUGGGGCUCGUAAAUUCUGUUUUUAAUAUGCCCGACGGGCAAGUGAAUUUUUUUGAGGAAUUCAAAUUACAGAAGAACUGUGAAAUCAAUCUGCUCAUCAAAACGUUUUGGGGGCUAGUUGAAAUGAUAUUUGGGCUAGUAAAUGUUAGUGAAAAUGACUUUCUUUGCACCCUGAUCAGGAGAGGUGGUCGUUUAUGAGAGGUUCCAGCCAUAAAGCUUUAACUGGAAAAAUUUUGGUUUUUUGGGCAAGUGGUGACUUAUUGAAGGUGGUUGUGUAUUUGCGUAUGAGAGGUGGUCACACAUAGAGGGUUGACUGUCAUAAAGUGAUUAUUAAACCUUGUCCAUUCGAUUUCCUCAGGACCACGCCUUACACACCCUACCAACCUGAGCUAGCCCAGGGGCGGCUGGAAUCUCUGCUGAAUUUCCAGACAAUGGUCAGUGAUCUCACAGGCCUUGAUAUUGCCAACUCUUCACUGUUGGAUGAAGCCACCUCAGCUGCUGAAGCCAUGGCUCUCUGCUAUAGGUAAGCCAAAAAAGGAGUAAUAGGGCUCGUCUGUUUGCCCGCACUCCUACGUUUUGAGUGUGGCUUAUGCUAAGGUGAUAAUUGAUUGACUAUUGAUGAUUGUUGGCAAGAGGUCUCUUUUUUCCUGAGCUCACCAAUACAGAUAUAAAGAUAGUUCUGUUCUUCUAAUUUAUUUUACAUGUAGGUUCAACAAGAAACCAAAGUUUUUUGUGGAUAAGAAUUGUCAUCCACAGAUCAUCUCUGUGGUGGAGACAAGAGCCAGGUAAGCUGUGUGUGAUACUUGUGUAAAAUAAUCUCUGGAUGUUUAAUUUGUUCAUGUCUAAUUUAAGGACUACACCACAAUAUUAUAAAAUUAUUAAAAACUUUCAUCUUAAUUCCAGAAAUUUCUCAUGAAGAUGAACCUAGUCAUUUGAGAUCUUAAUGCUUCAGCUAAGACCAUUUUUUGGAAGUUUGGGGUAUAUGAAGUUGCUGCCAUUGUGCCUAUUCACUUCUUUCACUUAGAAUACCUUUUGUCUCUCAAGCAAUUGAUAGUUCUUUUGCUAGCGUGAAUGACACAGUGACAGGCUAUGGCCCAAUAAUGAUAUCAACCCCUUCAUUACCCUCCUAGCCCAUGAAGGGUUGCCCACCUCUACUCAUCACCUCUGCAUCCUCUACUCAUUCAAAACAUCAUUAAUGGGGGUCCUUCCAUGCCCGACACGAAUCAAAUCAGUGAAAGUGAUUUUUAAAUCACACCAAAAGACAGCUCGGCCUAUGGUUCUUUGUCCCUAUCCUAGAAGAGUGAGCAUCUAACCAUUUGUAGAUGUCAGAAUGUAGGCAGCACAUUCUCAAUCAUUUUAACACUCCAAGUGUUAAUUUUCUUCAGCCAGGAAAUUAAAACUGGCCCACAUUUCAAAUUCCAGUUCCCACCUGACUGAGCCUAAACCAAGGAGCCGGGUGGUCAAAACAUGUAUUUUUUAUUUACCAAACAAUCAAAUACCAUCCCAGACAAUGUCUCCUUCUGACUUGGAAUUAACUGCGGAGCUCCAUUCCUUGUACUUGUAGUGAUUGAGACUUGCAUUGAUGCACAUGUAAAUAUUGGUUUCAUUAUUUUGUUCUAGUACUCUUGGUCCUGAUGGUGAAGGCCUGAAAGUGAUUGUUGGUGAUAGAGAAUCUUUUGAUUUCUCCAACCAAGAUGUCAGUGGUGUUCUGUUCCAGUACCCUGACACAAAUGGCAAUAUCAUUGAUUUUUCCAGCUUAGUGGAGAAAGCUCAUAAUGCAAAGGUGAAUUUUUAAACAAAAUACAGUGUACUUGAUUUUUUACAUGGAGUGUGUGUGGUGGUUAUUGAUCAUUGCCAGUACCUUGACCAUUCGUCUGACAGUACAACACCUACCAAAUAAUAAGAUACUAGUACUUGUGAGUGAUGUUGCUGCUGUUUUCAAAAGUUCGAUGAGUACUGUGUUAAUAUUUUUGUAUGAGUUUCCCUGUACGUGUCAUUAAGUGUCAACAUAGUUUAUUGCACUUUCUUCCAAGAAGUGGGAUAAUUUUGUGUGUGAUAAUAUUUGGGGGUCGAAGGUGGCAUGUUCUGAUUUGAGUGUUUACAAUACAAUGUGUGUGACAGCUCAACUUGCUUACCUCUGUCGCAGUACAUGUAUCCAAAUUGAGUUUCAAAAGAAAUCCCAAUUUUUUUCAGUAUGAAUUUUUGGUAUAUAACCCAACAGGGUACAUAUAUAUAAUGUUGUAGCCUGUGAACAGGCUCUCUGUUUGGGGAAAAAAAAAUAGCAAGGAAAGUGAGUUAAUGCUACUGCUAUACAGUUAACUUCCGAAAUAUCGGGAGUUAGAAGCAAAUAGCCUGAAAUAAGAAAAUAAGCAAAUGAAUGGGGGAGUGUGUGUGUGUGUGGGUGGGGGUGGGGGGGGGAAUGUAAUUAAGAAAUAAAGUAUACAGGAUAACAUGAAGACAAAGAAUUGACACAGUUGCUUUGCAGUGUCUCAGACUUGCACGUUUUUUUCCCUGACUUAAUUGUCACGUGCUUAUAUUAUCGAGUUAUCACGGGUAGCCGGAUUAUAUAGAAGUGAUCUGAGGGGAAGCAAAAUCAUUUUGAGUUUUUAAUAGCUGGAAGUUCGAGUUAUCAAGGGUUCGAGUUACCGAGGGAAGAUGUAUGAAGGAUUAAAAAUCCAGGGAAGUCAACUUUAAUUUGAGUUAGCACAGGGUUUGAGUUAUAGCGAGGGUUCAAGUUAUCGAGAGUCGACUGUAAUAUUAUUGUUAGUCAAGAGAGGCUUCACAUGCUUAUUGUAAUGCAGUAAUGUGUAAUUGAUACAAUAUGGUACACCAAAGCCUUAUUAGUCUAAUAGAAAUAAGCCAUUAUUGUCUGAGUAGCCUCAAGGCUCUGUUUCAAAGCGAUCGGCUAAGUGUAAAUCCAUCGAUCAAUAUGAAAAUGAUUUUUAAUCUCAUGCACAUAGAACUCAUUUUCACAAGAGAUGUUUUGCACUUAGCCUCAUUUUGAAUGUGAGUGUUUCUGUAACUUGGAAAUACAGUGGAACUUCGCCUUACGACCACCCCGUUUAUAAGACCACCUCAUUAUUACGGCCAUAUUCUUUCAAUUGUUGAAAGUUGUUGUAACUGCUAUUUUGUUGUUCUGAAGGCUUUAGCAGUGUGUGCCACAGAUCUUCUUGCCCUGACGGUUCUUAAGUCUCCUGGUGAAUUUGGCUGUGAUGUGGCCAUAGGAUGUACUCAAAGAUUUGGCGUUCCUCUAGGUAAGCUGUCAAACAACUGUAGACAUGUUAGGAAGGCAGUUACGUGUACAAUAUACAGUCAAUGCAGUCAGUGUUGCCUGAUCGGGAGUUCAUCUGUCUGUUUACAGGUGCACUUUUUUUUUAGCUUGACUGUUACAGUAGUGGUUACUGUAGUUACUGAUAAUAAUAUUAUUUUAAUCCCAAAUGAAGCAAACUUUUUUCACGAUUCCUACCGGUACAUGUAAAUGUACAGUGUAUAAUGCAGACCCUGCUGUAAUGGAAACACUUAGCUGUGAACUGCUCACUCCACCCAUAGCUCAUAGUUAAUUGUGGAGUAUCCAACCAGCAACUGGAAAGUUGUGAGCUGUGUAUAGUGUAGAUUCCUUCUGAGGUCUGAGAUUUUCCUUCAUAUUUUACUUACAAUAGUUUCAGUUUCAUGUAAUUACUUUCAGUAUGUCAGUUGCAGUCAGUGUGUAUGUUGCAUUAAUAUUGAAAUUAAAAAUGCCAUUUUUAGAAGACAUACUACAUGUCCAGUUCAGUUAGGCAGGCAUUGUUGCUUCAGGUCAGUCAGCAAGUCAGUAAUUUGCAGAUUAAUCAGACAUCUCUCAAGUCUGUUGGUCAAGUAUUAUAAGACACGCAGGUAAGGAUUAUGCCAGUUAAUUUAUUCACAUCGCGAUCAAGUCAUUUACUGUUAGUCAAGAACUGUUAGUGUCAGACAUCAGCUUUCAUGGGGUACUGCUUCCAAGGAACAAAUCUGACAGUGACUGUUAGUUUGUCUAAACUGUACACACAAAUCGUCAUUUUUCACCCGAAACUCUUAGCAACUUUCUCAACAGGAAAAAAAUAUUCACUGCAUGUACAGUGUAUUUCCAAAAGGCCAAAACAUAAUAAAUUUGGUCGAAAACUCCCUCAAAUAUAACAAGGUUUGUACAUGUCACGGAAAACCUGGAAAGUCAUGAAAUUUAACAAUUUCAUUUUCCAGUCCUGGAAAGUCAUGGAAUGAAAAAUCAUGUUUGGUAGACUAGUUAUUGCAGAUGUCAAAGCAAGGAUAGUGUACAAUAGAGACUAGUUAUUAAACAGUGCGAAUGACACAUAUUUUGUUGGACAGAAGAGUUUGUGUUUGUUGAACUGAAUAAGGUCAAAAAUACCCUAAACUUGUGGUCAUGGAAAAAGUCAUGGAUAGUCAUGGGAUUUGAAGAGAUCAAAAGAGUACAAACCCUGUAUUAAUGUCAUAUUAUUCAGAAGGCUAUUGUUUUUCUUAAUAUGAUCAGGCUAUGGAGGUCCUCAUGCUGGAUUCUUUGCGGUGCGUGACAUGGGAAACUUGAAGCGAAUGAUGCCUGGACGAAUGGUUGGAGUCACGAGGCAAGCAAAAUUUCUUUCACGUCUUCUCUCCUGUGAAAGUGCAUGAAUGCAAUACUAAUAUGAUCAAAGGCAAUAGACCAAUUUCGAUAUAAUUAUUUUUUAUUAUUCAUUGCUGAGCCCCAAGAUGAUUUCUUUUGUUUUAUUCUCCCAAGCUAAGUAUGAAUUUUGACAUAUCGAGAUUGAUCUAUUGACUUGUUGUCUUGCCUUGUUUUUUGUUUGUUUGUUUGUGUUGCUUCCUUUUAAUAUGAUCCCUUGUGAUCCCUUGGACUGUUGGCUUGAACAUCAUUAAUUUAAUGAUUAAUCAAUAAGAUCAUUUUGUUUUACUUGUGAUGUAACCAACAAAAGGAUUAAAGUUAAAGUAAUAAUAGUAAUUUUGCUUGCCUGAACUGAUUGUGGUUGACAGACUGACAGACAGACUCAUGGCUGAUUGACUGUCUUACUCUGGGCCACGGACUGACUGAUGGACCGUGCAAUUGACAGACAGAUCUCUCAGACUGUCUUAUCAACUGUCUAAAUGACAUUCAUGUUGACUGACUAAAUAACUCAUAUGUGACUGAUUCACUUAUUGACACUGUACUGACUUGCUCAGAGAUAAAAAACAGCAUGAUAUUAAAUAGCAACAGUCUGGUUUGCACAUGACUAAGCAUGCAUACACUUAAGUGGCUGCUGGCUAUUCACUUGCCUUCACGAAAGUGGAUUUUUGAUUAUUGCCAGCUGUUACAGCUGUACGUAAUUUAACUGACUAAAUUUGCAGGGAUGCUCAAGGAAAGCCAUGCUACCGUUUGGCACUUCAGACCCGUGAGCAACACAUCAGACGAGACAAGGCAACCAGCAACAUUUGUACCGCACAGGUAAUGUGAAAUUAAUAGUAAUGAUUUCUGUUUUUGUAGUUUCCUGUAUUCUGUUCACCUAAAAUAAGCGUUGGCUGAUUUUGUCAUAUGCUAGAAACUCGUCAGGUAACAUUAUGAUAAUUUUCCUUUCGACAGGCUCUUCUUGCUAAUAUGUCGGCAAUGUAUGCAAUUUACCAUGGCCCUAAAGGCUUGAAGGACAUUGCUCAACGUGUUCAUGAUGCAACUCUUUUGUUAGCGGAAGGUAACAAAGAAUUUAGUACAUGCUAUGCACUAAUUAGUGCCAGUAGAGGUUUAUGGGUUGGCUUUAUCUCACUGCUUGAAAAAUCGGUUACUCAACUAUUUUACUAUCACAGUCAUCACACAGCUCCAAAAUUCUUGUUGCUCGUUAUUGGGUACAGAAAAGGGCACGUUUGGUUGACAAGUAAGAUCCAAACGUGCGCUUUUAAGGUAAAACUUGUAAUUUAAUAAUAAUAAUAAUAAUGAUAAUAAUAAUAAUAAUAAUAAUACAAAGUAAUAUAUAGUGUACAAUGUAGUGUUAACACUUACAGGGUAUACAUGUAAUAUUAUCCUCUUCCCUUACUGGACUUUUCAAGGAUGGUGAAACAAAUCAAGCAAAUGGAUCAUUUCAUAGGUUUGUUAAGUAUCCCAGCUGGUAGGAGGUGAACCAGUUGUGUAUUUUACAAGCCAUGGCAAUACUGAAAAUUUGAGCUUGGGACAGCCGAGAACAAAUCCAGGUAGUGGUCAGGAGGGGACAUGAACUCAGGGCCUCCAGAUGUCAAGUCCAGGGCUCAAUCUAAUCACUUGGCUAUGCUGCCUCUUUUAGGGUUCCCACAUCUGUUUCAAUGAAUUGUGAAAAUUACUGCAGUUGGAGGUCUGCAAGAGCAGAGCCCUAUAAUUAAUGUUUAUUUACUGAUUUAGGUCUUUUUGUCUUUCUGUUAGGUUUGAAGCGUGCUGGACAUAUCCUGGAAAAUGACAUGUUUUUUGACACCUUAAAGGUAACAACUGGACCAUAUAUUUGUUUGUUUACGUUGAUUUACCUUCAGUUGGUAAUGGACAGUACGUGACCGAAUUUUGUUUUUUUCAUGUAAAGGUUACAUCAGGCACUGGUGAUGUUUCUGACAUUUUGGAAAGAGCAAAACAACGGCAAAUCAACCUAAGAAUAUUUGAUGACAAAACCGUAAGUUACUGAAAAUAUCAUUAUAAAAAGUUUGCUUGUAGAAAUGAGGAAACAUAAUAAUCUUCUCCUUUAAAAUCAUAAUUAUUACUGAAUAUAGUUUUUGUUUUCUUCUUUAGCUUGGGGUAUCAAUGGAUGAAACAGUGAAGGAAAGAGACUUGAGUGAUCUAUUGUGGGUUUUCGGUUGUGAAAGUUCCACUGUAAGUGUAUGAUUAUGUCCAAAGGAAAUGUAUGUGCAUGGCUGUAUAUUAAGGGUUGGGGCGGUGAUUUUCCCCUUUACUAUGAAGGUGACCUCCUCUUUUCAGAGGCUGUUAUAAUGUUCUCCUCGAUCUGCACACACACACAUAUUAACUUUACACAUGAGCCUCAUUCAUUUAAUGUGUGACUGAUUCCCAGAUGUGUUAAUGACAUCAUCGUUCCACCUUAAUUAAGAAAACCUAACUGCUUGUCCGGGGUUAGAAGUGGUCUAUCUGCAUUAAUAAUUAAUUCUGUGUCCCAUGGGUGGAUUUGGCAGGGCUCGGAAAAAGUUCCUGUCUGUUAAUGCGGGAAAGGGGAUUUUCUUGCUGGGCAUUAGUAACCUUUAAAGCUCACUUGCCAAUGAGCAAGGUUCAUCAUCUUUGCAACUCAAUUAAUUGUUAGCUAACACAAGCAAGAGGUAGCUCCUGGGCGAGCAAAAUGUGAGAACUGCCUGCCCAAAGGACAAGCUGGAAUUCAAGUGUUUUUUAUAAUUGAGCCCUGUUUGAGAAUGGGUCAAGGGGAUCAGGUGGCCUCCCUUUGUCUGUGAUAUUUUCUGUUAUUUUAAAAGAAUUUUCAGAAAAAAAAAGUAUCUAAAUAGUAUGUUAUAACCAGGCAAGUGUCCUGGCCACCCCUUUCGGAAUUUUCUUGAUCCACCCUUUGUACCCAUGGUUGUACAAACAGUGUAUUUUUAGUUCUUAAAAUAAUGUCUAAUUAUUAUAAGUGACCUUUCACGCGAAAACGUGCAAUAACGGCUUUCCGUUUUCGAACGGAAUUCCGUUUAGAACCCGUUUGAAAGCCGUUUGAAAGAAAUUUGCAUUCGUUCGAACGACCUGGGUCAUCCGUUCAAAAAAAUUUGCAUCCGUUCGAACGGCUUGAUCACCCGUUCGACAGAAACGUCCAGCCGUUCGAAUGACUUGCUCACCCGUUUGGUAAAAGCAUCCAUCCGUUCGAACGACUUGCUCACCCGUUCGAUAAAAACGUCCAACCGUUCGAACGACUUACUCACCCGUUUGCUAAAAACAUCCAACCGUUUGAACGACUUGCUCACCCGUUCGCUGGAACAUCCAUCCGUUCAAACGACUUGAGUAUGAGACAGUCAUACGAGCGGUUGUCUUUUCCUGUUCGCGUACUCGCGUAAUUUCUUUAAAAACUUCUCGCAAAGUUAUUAUUACAGGCGAAGAGCUCUUGCAGAAAAUAUAUUUUGCGCUUCUAAACAUACGGUAAUCAGUCGCCUAUAGAAGCGAACUUCUUAAAUUCUACUCUGUGUUACAAUGCGGUUUAAUAAACAUUACCGGUAUAACUAUGGUUGUGAUAAGCACAUAAAUGAUUUUCUGAACACCGAAAUCUCAUGAGUCUGCCUUGUGCAUUCCUCUUAUUUCAAAGAGAAUCCACUGAAUGAAAUCUUUAAGACGGCAGCAUGCACUGAGAUAACAACCAUGUUGUUUUGACGCCCUGAAUUUGCAUUAAUUAAAGUUUCAAAUAUUACUGAUGCGUGGAAAGUGAGUCACGCGUUUGUCAUGCAUGCAUGGUGUAAGUCCUGUGCUUGUUUUCGUCGACUGAGAAGCUUGCUUGUUUUAAAAUUUGGGUUACACUUCCCAAUAAAUAUGUUGGUUUUUUUAACCUUUGGGUUUACCCUUCGGCUACAUUGUACCGUCGUCUUGAUACGGAUCUUCGCAUGCUAAGAUGUUAGCGCAUCGGUGUCGUGACACGCAAUCGAACUGAACUGACGGGAAUGCGUUUGAGUCGUAGUCAAAUUAAAGGUCAGCAUAGCAUACAAUUUGAAAAUUUAUCGGGAACUGUUAGAAACAAAAAGUUGGGUAUUUGUUUUGUAAGAAAGCUAGAAAAAACAUCACCGCAAAUACUUAGCAAGUUUGCAUUCGCCGUUGAUUUUCUUUCGAGUUCCGCUUCAGCAAACUCAGUUACGAAUGUUCUCUGCGUUUCAAGUUUACUUUCUUUGGCUUUCAGUGGUGAAAUAAACAGCAGCAGUUUCAACGAUUGAAAGCCAUCCGUUCGAAAUUAAUUUUAAGUGAGAUGUGUAGCGGCACGGCACCAUUCGAAAUAAACAAAUUACAAUCAUCACGUUUGUAAGCCGUUCGUGACUGCUCGUUCGAAGAUUUCAUGAGCCGUUCGAGCGUUUAGAUCGCUCGUUCGGAAUAAUUUUUUUAUGAGCCGUUCGAACGGUUUGGUUACCCGUUCGGACUUUUUUAUGAGCCGUUCGAACGGUUUGGUUACCCGUUCGGAAUUUUUUAUGAGCCGUUCGAACGGUUUGGUUACCCGUUCGGAAUGUUCUACGACCCGUUCGAACGGUUAGGCUACCCGUUCGCAAUUUUCCCCGAGCCGUUCGAACGGCUAAGCUACCCGUUCGGAAUACUUAAUCACCCGUUCGAACACUCAUUGAAACCCGUUUAAAACGGCUUGGUGACCCGUUUGUAACCCGUUCGAUGGCCGUUCAUUUCACCCGUUUAACGGAAAGUCGUUAUAGUACGUUUUCGCGUGAAAAAUUAAUAAUUAUUAUUAAUUUUUCAGGAUUCCUUGGCUGCCAAUAUGGAAGAAGUACCACAAAGGAGCAUUCUGCAUAGUUCGUUCAAGAGACAUAGUGAUUACCUUACUCAUCCUGUGUUCAAUAUGUAUCACUCGGAGACAAACAUUGUUCGUUACAUGAAACUGUUGGAAAACAAAGACAUUUCUUUGUGUCAUUCUAUGAUCCCUUUGGUAUGUGAAUAAUAAUUGAAAUUUUAUUUAUAUUAACCUUUAAUCUUGGUUGAGCCACGUAAUUAUUGUUUUAAUCAUGAUUCGUACCAGUCAUGGAAAACCAGGAAAGCCAUAAAAUUUUUUUUAUUUCCAGGCCUGGAAAGUCAUGGAAAAUUAAAGUUAUGGGAUAGUGGUAGAUUAGGUACCGCAGAUGUCAAAGCAAGAACAAUUUAAGAUAGAGACAAGUAAUUAAACAGUGUGAACAGCACACAUUUUGGUCAACAGAAGAGUUUGUGCCUGUUCAACUGAUUUAGGUCAAAAUAUACCUCAAAGUAAGGAAAGUUUUGAAAAUUUUAAAAGGGAAAAAUUUAAAGGUCAUGGAAAACUUGAAAAGGUCAUGGAAAAGUCGUGGAAUUUGAAGAGCUCAAACGUGUAUUAUGUGUAAGUAAAGUCUGGAAACUACCCACUCACCCCUCCCCUGACCUUUUGAACGUUAACACCAAAUGCAACUUCCUUCUUACAGCAAAUUGUUAGGUUAGGAGAGAGGCAUUUCCCAGAAUCCUUAGCCGAUAUAAUAAUAAAGAUUCUUCAUAAAGUGAAGGGAAAAUUCUUGACAAAUACAGUUUAUUUUGCAGGGUUCUUGUACAAUGAAACUGAAUGCUACCACUGAAAUGAUGGUGAGUUUAUCAUUUUUAAUAUUCAAGAUUAACUAAAAUUUGAUUUGUUUGAUUGGUUAUUAUGAUAAUGAAGGAGAGUGCUGUUUACAUGGGGAUUGCCUACCAUUGCAGUUGAGUAGAAAAAGAUUUUUCAGUAGCCUGUUCUGUAAGCAUUUCUGCGCGAGUUUGUUGAGAAUGAGAGCAAAACAAUCUUAUUGAACUUGCACAGAGCUUUGCAAACAAGCUCACACAAUAAGGCUUGCUAUGCAGUAUUCUUCACGGCUGCCUUAAUCCUUUUUCAGUGGUCUUAAGUUUCUCAAAAAUACCUGGAGUAAUAAUUAUAUAUUAUUUUUAUCGAAGUUUUAAACUGUACAGUUUACUAGGCAUUAUUAAUUUUUUUUAACAUACAUUCUGAUACCUCUAUAUUGUCAGCUUUUAAAAAAGCAGUUUGUCAGCUUUGAUUCUAGCUUAUUCUCUAAUUAUCAUGUAACCAUCAUGUAAUUCAGCCACUAGUCUUUUUUUUUUAUUGUAAAUAAUUUUAUUGCAUAAUUUAGGCUUUUUCUUUUCCCGUUUCCCUAUGUAUAAUUUUAUUUAUUUGUUUUUUCUUGGCUAUAGUUGAUUAGCAUAUUUAAUUGCCAGAGGUCUAACCAACUUCAUUAAAUAAAUUUUCAUGCAUACAUUCUUACCUUAGCAAUGUCUUUUCUUUUCUAGCCUAUCACUUGGCCCAGGUUUGCCAACAUCCAUCCUUAUGCUCCAGUGGAACAAGCCCAAGGAUAUCGUCGUCUGUACCAGGAAUUGGAGAAAGAUUUGUGUGAGAUCACUGGUUUUGAUGCCAUAUGCUUUCAACCAAACAGGUAAAAGUGGACAAGAAGCUCUGACAAAUUUUGAUUAAUUAGAAAAAACUUUGGUUGAAAGGGAAAUUAAAGGACUGAAACUCUUGCUCCGCUUAUGAGCACACUGUCUGCCUCAGCAGCUUGCAAAGAAAGUAGUGUCCAAUAGCCCGGGGCUAGUGGAUUUUGCUAUCAGGCUAGUGAAUUCUGUUCUUAACUUGACCGAUGGGCAAAUGAAGUAUUUCAACUUACAGAAAAACUGUGAAAUCAAUUCUGCUCAUCAAAAAAUUUCGGGGGCUUGUUGAAAUGACGUUUGGGCUGGUAAAUGCUAGCUUCAGCUUGCCCAAAUGACAAGCUGUAAAAGCCUGCUCAGCUUUAUCACUCUAUUGGGUAGUAUUAUGAGGAAGUAAAUAAUUAAAAAUGAGGACCUUAAUCUUUACUUUUACAACUUCUCUGAGGUUCUGUUCACAGAGCUGUGAGUUAAUGGUAAGUCUGUCCAACUCAAAUUUGCCCAUGCCCAGCAAAAUCCUUCCUGCUGAGUCAGAGGUGAUAACUGGACAGAUGAAAUUUCAAUGCCAAUGAAUAUCAUUUUGAAACUGAAUAAAAUUGAAUAGUACUUCAACAAAGAAAUUACCACCUACAACUAAAAUGGUGACUUGGUCAGACAUAGUGUCCUUUCUGGAAAAAUGGAUCUUUCAGGAAGGACAUAAUAAUAUUACAUGUAUGCCCAACCAAUUCUGUUAAUCACCAUCUUAGUCUUAAAAUCCUCAUUCCUAUAGAGAUUUACCUGCAGAAAUGAUCUUUCAUUACUUUUCAGUCAAAGUAAACAACUGUUAACAAUCAGUGAGAAUUCGUCUGUGCUGACAGCUAGAUGUUCAGCCCAGUCAAACCAGUCAAACCUUUUCAGUUUAAUACAGUGUCAGCAGUUACAUCUGAUACUUCAUGUUUGCCUUACCCAAUUGACGCAAAAAUACUUCUCAAAAGUGUGUCUCAAGACCCCUCGUUUGAUGUUUGUUUGUUUAUUAUUUUUCCCAUACAGUGGAGCACAAGGUGAAUACGCAGGCCUUAGAGUUAUCAGAGCCUACCAUGAACAUAACGGAAAUGACCACAGAAAGGUAUGAACACCCAUUAUAACUAGAAGUAUUUCUUCAGCACAGCAUUUCGAUCAUUGGAUCGUAUUUAAAUAUUAUUAUUAUUAUUAUUAUUAUUAUUAUUGUUAUUUCUUAAAUAUAUUAACAUUAAUCUUUUAUUGAUAACAAAACUAACUAUUAAAACCUAUUUACAAUUAAUUUCGCUGAAGAAGAAAAAAAAUAUUCAGUCAAAGCACCAUUUACAAGUGAUUUCAUUUCAUAAGCUCCUGUUCAUUGCAAUUUAUAAAAAAAAAAACUCAACUCAUUUCAACUAAAAACAAUUCAUUUCAAUUAAAAAUGAAAUAAAAAUAUUAAAAAGAUCGUAAAAUACUAAUAGCGUUUAAGCGGCAGUCAUCAAUGAAAUUCCCGUUUUAAAUAUAUGCCCAUUAUCCUACCUUUUUCAUGAGUGAUUGUCUGCGGGUAAUUUAAAACAUUUCUAUCUCAUUAUGUUGCAAUCACCAACAACUGAUUGGAUGGGGUUAGUUGGUUUAAAGGAUAGUAAAACCACGUGCAUACAAGGAGAGUAGUUAUCCAUGGCAACCAAGUGAGCCGUAACCACUGUCACACUGAACAAAGAGUUUAGUGGAAAAUAAACAUGACAAACUUAACUGAGGGAAAAAUGGAUGGACUGGUAGAAUGCAGCAACCAAGCCUUUAUAGUCGUAAAAAAGAGAGUUCCACAAUAAAUCAUCGAAACUUCUUGAAGCCCUGCUACUAACGGGGACGCCCCGCAGCACCUGUGAGCCGUCAUAAUAGAAACCGCUGACCGUCAUUGUCUUGAGUUUAUCUUUGCCUUCUCCGCGGUCAAUCUUCUAUGGCGUUUCUUCAACCUCCUUCAAUAAAAAUAGCCGUGCUUACUUUUUUUGGUGAAAAAAAAAAAAAUAAUAAUAAAAAUGAAGUUUGUUCGGAGGGUCGAUUUUUUGAGCAAUGCGCCGCGAAAAAACUUUAAAGUUAAUACUCUUCCUCGAAGCUAGAAGUCUUUGUAUGAACUGUAUGAAUGACUUUGUAAUCUCUUUGCCUAACUUGUUUUAGGUUUGUCUCAUCCCAGUGUCUGCUCACGGCACAAAUCCAGCCAGUGCACAGAUGGCUGGCUAUCAAGUUCAAGUAGUCAAGGUGGAGAGCGAUGGGAAUGUCAGUUUGAGUGACUUGAAAAAGCAGGUUGAAAAACACAGCAAUGAACUGGCCGCCAUCAUGGUCACGUACCCUUCAACCAAUGGAAUCUUUGAAGAAGGGAUUAGGUAUAUCUGCGAUCUGGUUCACGAUCAUGGAGGCCAAGUCUAUCUUGAUGGGGCGAACCUGAAUGCGCAGGUAGGACUCUGUCGACCAGCGGAUUACGGCGCUGAUGUCAUGCACACCAAUCUGCACAAAACGUUCUGCAUUCCUCAUGGAGGAGGAGGGCCUGGGAUGGGCCCAAUUGGAGUGUAAGUACCUCUGUCUUGAAAAUGAGUAUUCGACACUUUGAGGUUGCGCGGGAAACCGGGUUUAGAUGGUUGUCAAAGUGCAUUGUGGGACUGUUUGGGGUACGCAUUUUCAACACGGCGACAAAUUCGUUCCCCAAAACAGUCCGUCAAUGCACUUUGACAACUAUCUUGAACCGGUCUUCCGUGCUACCGAUGAGAGGCAACUGUAUAUUCGCAUGCUAACAAAAUGAUGGCCUCAUUAUUGUACCUGAUUAAUUGACACUCGGUUAAUUUUAAUCCACAGAAAGAAACACUUGGUCCCAUUUUUGCCGUCACAUCCUGUCAUCUCACCGGAGCGCACCGUUGGAAAAAGUUCCCAUCCAUUUGGUGUUAUCUCAGGGGCACCUUAUGGGUCUAGUGCUAUUCUACCCAUAUCAUGGUCCUACAUCAAACUAAUGGGCCCCAAGGGUCUUGCUCAUGCAACGAAGGUAGGUUCAAAGCUGGUUAGAGAAAAAGAGACUACAAUUUUGAUAUUUUUGUAAUUUUUGUUUUUCAGGGCUGUGCUUUAGUAACGCCUGGUGACCCCUGGCAACUUACUUUAGUUGCUCUUGGGCGAUUAGGAAAUCUUACAUACAUAAAUUAAACACUGUUUACAGGUAGCCGUUACGACACCUGAAGGAAGAUCGUGAAGUUAUUCCUAUAUUAAGAUCUCUUCUCACAGAUAACCCACCCAGCCCAGGAAAUGUUGGCCACAUCACAGGGGUCUACGUCCCCUUUUCUUUCCGAAUAGUGGUGUGGGUUCUUGUACGUCCCACAAGAUCUAGAUAAGUGAGAGUGCUCUGAGACGGGACCUACAGUUUUUCGUCCUUAUCCUAGAAAGUCUAACCAUUUGCAGAUGUCAUUGCAAAGGCAGCACUUUCUUCUCAGUUAUUUAAAGACCCUAAGUUUUGGUCUGGCCGGGGUUUGAACCUGCGACCUCCCGCUCAGCAGACCGGUGCUCUCCCAGUUGAGCUAACCAAGCGGCAGUUAGAUAAUCCUUGCCGGGCACCCUGGAUUUCACAAGUUCAGAGCAUAGACCUUUCAUAACGACGGCCUUUUAUUUAUUCUUUCCUAUGUACAUAAAUGGGCCUUUCUGGUCUCGUUUGAAAGUAUGAAUUCUUUUGUAUUGUGCACAUGCUAACGAGGUCAGAAAGGCUAAUUAUCACAUAUAAAAGAAUUUACUGAGAGGCCGCCGUUAUGAAAGAGGUCUAUUGGGCUCCCUUCAGUUUUUCUAAGAGCACCUCCUUUUUGUUGCACUGUAUUUGUUUGUUUGUACUUAUGGGAAAAACCUCUUUGCAGUCAAAACACCCUAGGGUAUAUCCAUCAUUUCAAACAAGACUAUGUAUAUAGUAGCGCUUACAGGAGUUAAAUGCGUUUAUUUCCUCAGAUUGCCAUCUUAAAUGCCAACUACAUGGCUGCCAGGCUUCGGGAUCAUUACGAUGUGCUUUUUAUCGGAGAUGACGGUAAGCCAAUCAAUGCCCAUCACAUACGUUGCGCUAUUUUAAUAGAUGCCACAUAGAUUUGCAUUGCGCAUCCUUGCUGUUAAUAAUUUCACGCGUGAUUAGCGCGAGCACGUGUAAACAUGGCUGCUUUCGACUAGAGUCUGGAGCUCCCCAGAGACGUGACCAUUGUUGCCUAUUUUUCCCCCAGUCCUCUCAAAUUUCUUAGCUUCACACGGCGACUUUCGCGUUGAACAAGGGAUGCGUAGCGAAGCCCUUUAAAACGUCGGGUCUCCUUUGGAGGCUAAUAAUUUACAGACUUUCUUAAAACUCCAUUUAUCGACUUCUCAAUUACGUCUCCCGCAAUUAUUUUGGAAUGAUGUUAUUCUUCACAUCUUUUAUUUUCGUUUACCAGGUUACUGCGCUCACGAAUUUAUCGUCGAUGCUAAAGAUUUCAAAAAGACCGCUGGAAUUGAAGCAAUUGACAUCGCCAAAAGACUUCAGGAUUAUGGUAACCCUAGUUUGUGAGGAAGUCUGUUUUGCAUAUACGUAAUCGUCGGGAUCGCCUCAAUCGCCCGAUUCUUCUCAAAGUAUGUGCGGGCGAUAGAGACGAUCAACACGGGAUGUGGCUCGAUCAGAGACACUCGAAUAAUCGCUGUGGCCUAUAUGAAAACCAGACGUAACGGAAACAUUGCGGGAAUUCUGUCCCCAUUAGGAUAAUUUUGUGCCUCUUCGUAAAUAAUAGAUGUCUUGUGAUCAAAUUGCAUCGUUAUUAAGGGAGGCAGCGUGGCCGAGUGGUUCAAGUCCCGCCCUGAUCGCGAUCGCUAGCUAGAUUUUCUCUCGGUAAUCCCGAGUUUCCUCAGCCACGCUCGUGAAAUAGCCAACUGAUUCGCCUCCAACCAGUUGGGAUUUUUAGCCUUGUUAUGUUCAAUUUAAAGUUUUCGUUUUAUUAUCAAGUUCGUAUCGUAACCCGGGUUUCUUUGGCUGUUUCAGGUUUCCAUGCGCCCACUGUAUCUUGGCCAGUGUCAACUGCCCUAAUGAUCGAACCUACUGAGAGUGAAAGUAAAGCUGAGCUGGACAGACUCUGUGAUUCACUCAUUUGUAAGUCAGCUUAUAACAUAACAUAACGGACACGAAAACAUCACUUAUAAAGUGUAUGCGCGUUUUUGUGGACUUUACGAAGUUGUUGUUUGCUAUCCGGUCGUGAUAUGUUUGCGUUAGAAAAUGCAACGUCUUAGUCGUGUAGUGACCACGAAUUGUGAUUUACGUGCACACAGCAGAGUCACCGUCGUCGUCGCUUAAGCUUUCCAGUGAAGUUAAAUUGUAAAAGGUUCUCUAAUUCGUAUAAACCGAUUUUUUUACUUGUAAUAAUUUGGUUCUACAUUCGGACGCCUCAACUGUAAAGAGUAAAUAACACUUAACGCCGCAAAUUAUUCGCUCGAUUGUUUUGGCGAACUCGAGAAUGAAUCGAAUAGGGUCUUUGCUGAGCAUGCGCGGCUUGUUGCUAGGAUAUAGUUUCGAACCUAGGCCUAACAGCCGUGCGCCCGGUUAUGAUUUUCGGCUUAUCACCAAACAGAUGCUCGCACUCGAAAAUUUGCCGUUGAGUCUCCCGACUCAUUAUUUCUUGCUUAAUUUCGGUCGUUUCUUAUUUCCUUACUCACAGCAAUCCGCCAGGAAAUUCGCGACAUCGAAAACGGAAUUAUGGACAAGACCAACAAUCCUCUCAAGGUAAAGAUUUUUCCCUCAUUAAGCCACGUUUAUGGUCCAUCCUAAUCGGUGAUUUAUUUUACAAUUAAAGUUGAGUUAGAGCAGUCUGAUCAAUCACGAUAAGUGUAGAGAAUCGAAUUAACCAAUCAGAUCUCCGGCGCUAAACGCGGGAAAACGCGUUUGCAACAUUUCUGAUUGGCUAAGAAAGAGGCGCGUGAUUUUUUUUAGCCUAUCACAAAGUAUAUCUGAUCAGUGAACACCACCUUACCUUUCACUUUCGAAAGGCGCCUUGUAAUGUUGCUGUAUCUGUCUUUUUCUUUUAGAAUGCGCCGCAUGCUCAAGAUGUUGUCACUGCUGAUGUAUGGGACAGACCUUACAGUCGUGAAGUUGCGGCCUUUCCUGCUGUGAGUAUACUAAAUAAACUGAAAGCACUUUUUCUUUCACACAACUGGAAAUCUUAGAUGCACGGCAUCAAAACAAACUCUCUAGGCUCCAUCUGUUUUUGUUGGCUAGAACAACCAGAAGUACGACACUACUUCAAUUCCCAAUACACAGGGUUCGUACAGAGUCUUGAAUUUUUUAUAAAGGCAUGAAAUUUCGCCACCAGUUUUCCAGACCUGGAAAAAUGGUAAAAAGUCUUGAGUUUUUUUUUGUCCAAAUCUACAUCAAGUGCAUUAUAAGUGAAAUUUUUUUACUUUUGGUAAAAUCUUAUUCAAUCUCGCCUAUGCGUUUGCAGCGCGUCAUGGCAACAAAAAUAAUUGAACUUCCAAACACCAUGUGACCUGAAGGCCCCUCGCACACUAGAACCCAAACUCCCAUUCGUGUGUGAGAAAAACAUUCUUCCCUUCUUUCGUUCCUCAUCUAGCGGAAAACCACCCUUUUUCCUCUCCUGGGGAUCCGUUUUGGUCCGAAUUUUUCAGUGAAAAAUUUCAAGGGCCUGAUACAGAGUUCAGUCUAGUGUUUUUCGCUGAUGACGAGUUUCAUAGUUACCUUGCUUGUGUGUGAGUGUGUUUUUUUUCUUUUUUUUUCUUUAGCCCUGGCUGAAAGGAACUGCAAAAUUUUGGCCUGGGUGUUCAAGAGUUGAUGACAAACAUGGAGAUCAAAAUUUAGUUUGCACUUGUCCUCCAUUGGAAAGUUACGAAGACGUAAAGACGAAGUCUUUCAGUUAAUGCAAGAAAACAAGAUCAAUCCGACUGCCUUUUACCAACCGUAAUUAAGCAGACUUGUGUCACGCAAUGCAUUUACCCUAUCCAUAACGUGACGUGUGGAAACUUGUCACGCAACACUUUUAUUAGAGGGAGUUCAGUUUUGCUAACUUUGCCAAAAAAAGAACAGUAAGAAGAAACUCUUCCGAGUUGUUGUCCAUCAAUCCAAAUGCAAUUCAAUUCAUUUCGUUUAGACUGGUUUAGAAAAUUUACAAGUCACUGCACCAAAGAAGAAAGGGAGAAAGCGUUUAAUAUAAACAAUAAAGACAGAGAGUUAUAGUUAAAUUGUGUGCGUCAACUAGGAAAGCAUUAGGCUUUCAAGCUUCGCCCAAUUUAAGGUAUUCCAAUCGUUAGCGGGAUUUCGGAUUCCAUUCGGACCCCGGGUUCCAAUCGUUAGUGGGAUUCUGGAUUCCUUCAGCUGGAUUACGGAUUGUAAAGCCCAGGAUUCCGGAUCCCACAGAUUCGGGAAUCCUGAUUACCUUACGUAAGUCGACAAGCUGGUUUCCGCAAAGGGGCUGGACAAAAGUGAUGUCAAUAAGGAAACGAGAGAGUGCAUUUUACUCAUGAAAGACUUUUUUAGUAUUGGUGAAUGAAUGUAGAAUUAUUUAUGUAUCUCAAAUAGUACUUACUCGGUGUGUUUAAAGUGUUACACCUCGUUGAAUAGGCUACUAGACAUGAAAAGUGGACCCACUUUCCUUUUCCAUUUAUUUUUUUUUUGUCUUUUGCUGUCCCAAGAUUUUACGGAUUUUUUUUAAGAUUUGCGGUCAACAUUGUUUCUACUCAUUAAUCAUUCUGUCGCCCGGCCAGGAUCAGACAAAGCAUACCUGUUGAAUUACAUUAUUUUACACUUUGUUUUACGGUUCAUCGAUUUAUGUUGAUUAAAACAUGAAAGUUC